AUGAAGGAGAAUGCCUCAUAUACAUUCGUGUAUAAAACAAGUUACCCGAUCUACUCGUCGUAUACAAUUCCUAAACGUAUAUACACUGGAUCGCAGAUUGUUACUUCGCCUGUUCGAGUUUUAACCUCCCCAGCCCGCAUUACUACACGAGUUGUACACUCGCCAUCGCCAGUUCGUGUAAUCCGCACAAAUACUCGGGUGAUAUCUUCGCCGGAGCGACCGUUAACAUACUCCUAUAGAACAUCAAACUUCACGAACUCGUCAUAUCUUCCGAUAGCUACCUACAGCUCGUACACCCUACCCACCUUUGUGUACUCCACUCCAACCUAUUGUUCACCCAUAACUCGAACAUACUCACGCUCCCUGAGCCCUUCGAUUAGGAUAACUACCUCACCAGUGCGUUCAACGGCGUCCUAUCUGAAGAGAACUCUAUCAGGGUAUGGUGCCCGAGCUCUAACUAAUUAUCUCAACACAGAGCCAUUUGCC